AUGGCUAUCGUUAUUCCACCUCCUAGUAAUCUCCAGCCGCAAUCUGCACUCCUCCAAUUGCCAGCAGAGAUCAAACACAUCAUAUUUGGAUUGUGUUUCGUUGCCGACCGCCCCGUAAUCGACCCCCGAAUCGAUGGUUCCAAAACGCGAGAUGACAAUGCCGUUCGUACGACACCAGGCGCUGCUCUGCUUCAGACAUGCCGUAGAACCUACCACGAGAUCGACCGCCGUCCACUCUUCGCGCAGAACACCUUCCGCUUCUCAAAUCUGACCGGGAUGCGGGCUUUCCUACAUGCGCUUCCUGUGGAAUACAGAACGCGCAUCCAAGACAUCGAGAUUGACUUGCGAGAGUUGAACUCCGAUCGCCCUCACAUUGCGCGUGAGUGGCUGCAGUACGUUGCGCUAGCAAAGAAUGGAGGCUUGAAUUCAUUGCGCGCUGACGCAGCCGGUCUACGGUGCCUGCGGAUCAACCUAGAGGCAUGGCCAGUUAGCAAGGCAAUGGAACGAAACCUGCCAUGGUCGCCAGUUCAUUUUGUUGGUGGAGAUGACGUUGGAACCCACGACUUGCUUACUCGAAUGAACAAGUGUGUCACCAAAACCGGCAGCGACAACGCCGUCAAGUGGCAGCGACAAAACGGCAGAUUACAACUCGAAGUAAUCUCCAAGCCGGGUUUACACGAAAGCGUUGCCGCACAAGGUUUACGAGCUCCGCAGAACGAGGACUGCGCAAGAUUCUUGCCACCGAGCGGAGAAUGUUCCUUCUUUGCCUGCGAGAAUCGCCACUCCUAUGGAACAGAACCCGUCGAUAAGGAACUCAGUCCCAAUGCCGCCGGAUGA